AUGGGCACUUCACCUUGGAUAAAAGCGGAAAUCGUGCAACCAACAUGUGUGUUGGAGUCAGACUUCGGGUUCAAAAUCAAUUGCGCGUUCAAAAAGUCCGGCCUCUUCAGAGUACGGAAUCUGGGCGGACUUAAAGCGCAUGCUAGCAUAGGUUUCAGUCUAGGAGAUGAGCUAGGUUUUGAACAAUCGUUAACAAAUUUGGAUACAAGCCGGCGAAGAUCUGUUAAUAUCAAAAAUGGUGCUCCGGCCAACGUUGUUGCAGCCAAUUCAAGACCUAGCAAGCAAGAGAAACGUGGCAAGCAGAACAGGAUAAUGCGGCCAAUGGCUCCUGGCAACCGUCCAAACCAAGCAGCUAUGGAUAAACUGACAAGUCUACACCGAAGAGUCAGCAGUACGAUGCAGCCAAUCAUAGUCCAGCCACCCGCCGAGCAGAUUAAACCGAAACCAACCAUACCCUCCGUCACCAUGGCUAAACCAAUGGCAAUGGGGGUGCCACCCUUCAAACCUCUGCCGCCAAAAGAUGACCUCGCUGUCAUACCAAUUCACUCAACGAGGAAAACAUACACACCACUGCAAAUCCCAGAAUCCAAGGGCCCAGGAUUAGCGUAUCAAAGUGAGCUAUACCCUCAAUCACACAACCAAAUAUCAAAAAUGGUCUCGCAAAUGACUGCACAACAGUACUCGCCAGUCAGAUUUUCACCAUCUCCCUUCAUAGUAGAUCCCAAACAACAUUCCAUAAAUACUGUUAACCAAUUUGUACCCAUGCCUUCAUCAGGUAUCUCAGUCAUACCAGCACCUGUACUCAAAGAGAUACACACACCAAAACCCACUUACUCUUCACCUAACAUACCUAGACCUAAUUCUGUAUCUGUCCAAAAACAUCCUUUUUCUAACUUUGUAGACCCCGUUCCACAUCAAGUCCACGACCUGGCCGUUUAUAACACGAAGAAAGUCGACGAUUACAAUUCAAUAACAGGAUAUGGAGACGACAGUGUCUUAAAAAUUAAUAAAGAAGACAUCAAUGCAAAGAUUGCUGAAAUAGCUAAAGCUGGAAAUAUAUCAAUGGAAGCUGUUGAAGCAGCUAUUUCUCUGAGACAGCAGCAAAUCUUAAGCAAAUACGCAAAUAUUCCUGUGUCGACUCCUAAACCCACUACUAGUACUACAACCACAACGACCACUGAACAGCCUUUCGUCUUCCAACCUGAGCCUGAACCAGAAAUAUUGACUGCAGCUUUACCUCAGAAGUCAAAGAGAGUACCAGUUUCUGGAAAAGUGAUGAAUGCACCGCGGGAGUAUUACCCUAUUGGAUAUGAGAAGAACUUCGAUGAUCACUUCCAGUCUAAGGUCGAAUUGCCGGAGACAAAUUUCCAUUGCGGUGAUCAGAAGUACUUCCCUGGAUUGUAUGGCGAUGAGAGUCUUGGGUGUAUGGUGUUCCACGUCUGUGCUCUAACAGACGAUGGACUCGUCAUGAAAUCCUUCCUCUGUCCUGAGUCCACGCUCUUCGACCAGACCAUCCUCAAAUGCAACUGGUGGUUCUACGUCGACUGCAAGAAUACCAAGAAGUUAUAUGAUACCAACAUACCAGUCUCUAAGAGCUACCAGUUGAUGAAGGCACUAACCUUCUUCUCUUCAUAUAAGAAGGAAAUGCAGGAUGGUCAAAAACCCAGUCCCGAAGAAGUGGACGGCGUCAAAGAAGCUAUAUCCAUCCUACAAAAUGCACAACCUAACGCGCCACAACCUAGCAUAGUGAAUAUUUCUAAUACAGGCCCAAUUGCCAAUGUUAGUAGUAACACCAAUGGUGCAAGCAAUAUUCAAUUUAUUGCUCCUACUCCAAUCAUAGACGAGAGAAACCGCAGAACAACUACGGAGUCGGCACCCGUAUAUAGAGGAACCAGAAACCACAAUUCUACAAGAAAUAUCAAAAGAAGCAAUAAUGCAGAGACCGGACAAGAUAAACUCAUCACAUUAAAUGCUGAAAUAAAUUUCGCUGAAAACAAUAGCACUGAAAAUGAUUCCCGCGAAAGAAAACAUAGGCGAAGAAUGACUUUGAAAAAUAAUAAUUCUAUAACAAAAAGCACUACAACAACUACUACAAAGCCCGUAGCAAUAUCGCCUUUAAUUGAAGCGAUGAAACAAGAAAUUCAACCGAUAGAAAUAAAUAAUUUACAAAAGCAAGAAAAAUUAACUGAUCAAAUUGAAAAUUUGAAUCCUAAUGCAGCCAACUUGGCUCCGGUGAGACGGUUUUAUAGAUCGAGUGCAGAGAAAAUUGAAGAGAAAGAAAUGGCUGUUGUUAAUAAUGAAAAGAUCCAAAUCGUGAGACCUACAUCACAGUCAAGACUAGUAGGACAUUAUCCUACUCCUAGUGCUGCGAUAGCGAAGCUAGAUGAGGCUGUCUUAGGGAAAGUCAGGACGAAGAAACACACUGUAACAAUAGUUACGCCAAUAGAAAGUCCAAAAACGUAG